UAUAAUGUAUUACUCUAACCCUCUAGCCCCAGACAAUGUGCUGAUUUCAGAAGGCAAAUUUGUUGUAAAUUGAUUGUUUACCAAUAUAAGAAGUGACACUACAUCUAGACCAAAUUAGAUCAAGGAUAGGGCAGUGUUUCUCAAACUUUAGAGAGGACCACAGUCACCUGGAGGGUGUAUUAAAAACAUUGCUGGCACCCACUCCUAGAGGUUCUGUUUUGAUUUUGCAUUUUAAACAAAUUUUUAGGUUGAUGCUGAUGUUAGUACUGCUGAUCUUUGGAUCACACUUUGAGACCCACUGAUCUUGGACAGGAAAAUGAAGCGAGUAUAACUGUUCAGUUCCUCCUGAUUAAGGUCUUCACGGAGAAGGGAAAAAACACUAACAUUUAAGUCUGUACCCUGUCAAAAUCCUGUGCCACGUGAUUUGUAGUCAUUGUUUAACUUAACCCUUGAAACCACUCUGCAAAGCAGUCCCCAGGCCCAUUUUCCCUCAAACAUACACCUGUUAAAAACUUGCUGGAGUAAUUCUUUCUUCACUGGCAGCUUAUACCUUAUAACUGAAAGAAUAAUAUUGACAUAUACCCGUACAAAUGGGAUUUUAUUUAAUGUAGAGGAUAUGUUAAGUUCCAUUGCUGACUAUUAUGUAUUCAUUACUCUUCUUGUUGACUUACGAGAGAGAUAAAAUGUAGAUUAAUUUAGCAGUAAUGAUUAUACAAUAAAUGGAAUUAAAUUUUGAGAUAUAGUUUCUCAUAAAGAACAUAAAGUGAAUGAGAGCUUGACUUUAAAAAUCAAUAUAUUACAUCUUUCAGAUCACAGAAAAAAUGAGCCUAUGUUAAUUUUGUGUGUGUUUUUUUUAAUGUUGCCAAUUGGUUAUUGACCAGCUGUACUUUAGAAAAAUACAGGAGGAGGAAUGGUAAAUUUCAGAAUAGUAAGUAUUAAGGUAUGACCAAAUCCUUGAUAACUCAACCAUAAGACUUAUUUAAAGCACAGUAUUUUCUGCUAAUAUUGUUUUUGAAAAGUCAACUUUUUUUUGAAACGUCAACUUGUUUUUCCUGGAACUCAGUGAAGUUACUUUGUGUUGUUUGACAGACAGCAUCAUACAGAAUUAUUAAAAAAAAAAAAAAAAAAAAAAAAAAGCAGUGAUCCAAGCAGUUGAAUUGGAAGCACUCUGGGGAAACCUGCUGUUUAUUGUGAAAAUCAUCUUCGAUCUCGGAAUUAAAAGUAAAGCUGGAAAGGAAUUUACAAACGAGAAAAAAAAGAAGUUUGGAAUCGGAUUCACAGGAUCUGGGCUUGGAAAUGCCUCAGGUAAAUCAUACAGACCUAGUGUAAGCGGAAUGGAUCCGCCUUUCGGGGAUGCCUUUCGAAGCCACACCUUUUCGGAACAAACUCUGAUGAGCACAGAUCUCUUAGCAAACAGUUCGGAUCCAGAUUUCAUGUAUGAACUGGAUAGAGAGAUGAACUACCAACAGAAUCCUAGAGACAACUUUCUUUCUUUGGAGGACUGCAAAGACAUUGAAAAUCUGGAGUCUUUCACAGAUGUCCUGGAUAAUGAGGGUGCUUUAACCUCAAACUGGGAACAGUGGGAUACAUACUGUGAAGACCUAACAAAAUAUACCAAACUUACCAGCUGUGACAUCUGGGGAACAAAAGAAGUGGAUUACUUGGGUCUUGAUGACUUUUCUAGUCCUUACCAAGAUGAAGAGGUUAUAAGUAAAACUCCAACUUUAGCUCAACUUAAUAGUGAGGACUCACAGUCUGUUUCUGAUUCCCUUUAUUACCCCGAUUCACUUUUCAGUGUCAAACAAAAUCCCUUACCCACUUCAUUCCCUGGUAAAAAGAUCACAAGCAGAGCAGCUGCUCCUGUGUGUUCUUCUAAGACUCUGCAGGCUGAGGUCCCUUUGUCAGACUGUGUCCAAAAAGCAAGUAAACCCACUUCAAGCACACAAAUCAUGGUGAAGACCAACAUGUAUCAUAAUGAAAAGGUGAACUUUCAUGUUGAAUGUAAAGACUAUGUAAAAAAGGCAAAGGUAAAGAUCAACCCAGUGCAACAGAGCCGGCCCUUGUUGAGCCAGAUUCACACAGAUGCAGCAAAGGAGAACACCUGCUACUGUGGUGCAGUGGCAAAGAGACAAGAGAAAAAAGGGAUGGAGCCUCUUCAAGGUCAUGCCACUCCCGCUUUGCCUUUUAAAGAAACCCAGGAACUAUUACUAAGUCCCUUACCCCAGGAAGGUCCUGGGUCACUUGCAGCAGGAGAGAGCAGCAGUCUUUCUGCCAGUACAUCAGUCUCAGAUUCAUCCCAGAAAAAAGAAGAGCACAAUUAUUCUCUUUUUGUCUCCGACAACUUGGGUGAACAGCCAACCAAAUGCAGUCCUGAAGAAGAUGAGGAGGACGAGGAGGAUGUUGAUGAUGAGGACCAUGAUGAAGGAUUCGGCAGCGAGCAUGAACUGUCUGAAAAUGAGGAGGAGGAAGAAGAGGAAGAGGAUUAUGAAGAUGAUAAGGAUGAUGAUAUUAGUGAUACUUUCUCUGAACCAGGCUAUGAAAAUGAUUCUGUAGAAGACCUGAAGGAGAUGACUUCAAUAUCUUCACGGAAGAGAGGUAAAAGAAGAUACUUCUGGGAGUAUAGUGAACAACUUACACCAUCACAGCAAGAGAGGAUGCUGAGACCAUCUGAGUGGAACCGAGAUACUUUACCAAGUAAUAUGUAUCAGAAAAAUGGCUUACAUCAUGGAAAAUAUGCAGUAAAGAAGUCACGGAGAACUGAUGUAGAAGACCUGACUCCAAAUCCUAAAAAACUCCUCCAGAUAGGCAAUGAACUUCGGAAACUGAAUAAGGUGAUUAGUGACCUGACUCCAGUCAGUGAGCUUCCCUUAACAGCCCGGCCAAGGUCAAGGAAGGAAAAAAAUAAGCUGGCUUCCAGAGCUUGUCGGUUAAAGAAGAAAGCCCAGUAUGAAGCUAAUAAAGUGAAAUUAUGGGGCCUCAACACAGAAUAUGAUAAUUUAUUGUUUGUAAUCAACUCCAUCAAGCAAGAGAUUGUAAACCGGGUACAGAAUCCAAGAGAUGAGAGAGGACCCAACAUGGGGCAGAAGCUUGAAAUCCUCAUUAAAGAUACUCUCGGUCUACCAGUUGCUGGGCAAACCUCAGAAUUUGUUAACCAAGUGUUAGAGAAGACUGCAGAAGGGAAUCCCACUGGAGGCCUUGUAGGAUUAAGGAUACCAACAUCAAAGGUUUAAUCAGCCUCAUUGGACCACUGGUCAGAAAUGUCUGCGUUUUGUCACGUUAUCAAUUGUAAAUUUUCAUUCUGUUUUGCAUGUCAGUUAGCAUUAUGUAAACAUUUACAAUUAGGUUACAUUGUUUUAAGAACUAAGUAGCAUAAGUGAAGCAUGAUCCAAAAUACUUGAUUAUUGCAUUUUCAGAGCAUAAACCAUGAUUAAAACUGCUACUGGCGUCAGAAUUGAAAAUCAUAGUUUAAGUAAAUGUUUAGGUACAGAUUACAAAAAUCUGUUAAAUCAAAACAUUUUGGAGGAGUGAAAUAGUAAAAUGCCAAGUAUUGUGGCAGAUUUAUGCUCUGAACCACACACACAAAAAAUUGAGGAAGCAUUUUUUUAAACGGUCGGUUUAAAUUGUUUUUAGAAUUAUUGCUUUUUGUUCUAAUUUUCCACAACCAUUAAUCUCACUUGUAUAUGGCACACCCAGCACUUGUGCCUGUGGGCCAUAUUAGAUGUUCAUUGUCAGAGCUCAAGAUGAUAUAUAUAAAUAUAUAUAUAUAUAUAUAUACACACAAAUGUCUGUGCAAGUAAGAAAAAAAAAAGCAUAUUCUUUGUGCCUUGUAUUUUGGGGAAACUAUAAAACUGGUAAUAUUUUGUAUGAUGAAAACCCUAAUGAGAAAAAAACAAGAUAUAUAGAUGGAAAAAUUAUGGGGUUUAAAUGUUUUUUUGUUCCAACUCUUUUUCAGAUUUUUUGAAUGUAUAUAGGACUAUGUUGAAAUGUAGAUAUAUGCCACAGAGUCUGUGUAUUGUAUAAAAAACAAAACAAAAAAAAAACAAAAAAAAGAUGGCUCUAGAAAACUCAUAUUUCGGUACUUGACCGGAAGAAGACAAAUACUUGCACAUUAUUGCGAUUGUUUUAUUUUUUGUACCAAAGACAAAUGCAACUGAUAUGGCAAACUGCCAGUCUAAGUAAAGUUUUGCACAGCUUACAUGAUACUGUAUGAAUGUAUGAAAAAAAGGAGAAAAAAAAGAAAAAAAAAGGUCAGGGUUAGGGAUCUUACUGAACUGUGAAUUUUAUUUCUGUUUGGGUCCAAUUAUCUACAGAAGGAGCAUCCAUACAUACAAAUAUUAUUUUGCUGUUCCUCUAGUUCGCUUCCAUAGUAGAUAAGUUGGUGGCCAUUUAGAUGUCUUUUAUUUCUGCACUUACUGUAGGAAAUUUUAAUAUAUUUCAUUUUAGUAAGCUAUUGGUAAAAUAGUUUUUGACUUUGAAAAUUAAAAUGUUUAUUUAGCUUAUUGUAGUAUACUUCCACCAGACAACAAAAUAGAUUAUUUUUAUUGUAUUAUGUAUAUAUAUAUAUGUAAAGAAAGAAAAAAGCUAAAAAUAUCUGAUUCUUUAGUUGCCACUUUUCCAAUUGAUGUAUUAUUGUGCAUGUAAUAUUUUCAAAGAUCAACACAGGCUUAAAACAAAAACAAUUUAUAGAUUUUUAUAUUUUUGUACAGGUAUUUUCAAACUAGCUUCUUCAAACUUAACAUGUGACUUAUUCUUCUAUAGUUUCUAGAAUUGAGAAACAUUAACACAUUUAGUUUUUAGGUGCUCUUUUUUGCUCAUAUAAAACAGCUUCAUUAGUCAGUGUUUUAACUGUGUUCAAGCUUUACCUCUUGAUGAGAAAUUUCUUAUGUCAAGGCAGCAUUAUAAACCUUCCCCCACAGAUUUUUCCAUCCUGUCUCUCUUAACUGUUUUAUUCUCAAAUCUUGUGUUUUGAACUCUGAAAACUGGUGGCUUAAAAACUAAAAAAAGAAAAAAAGCAUAUUUAGCAAGGAAAAAAAUACCAAAAAUUUCAGGCACAGCUGCUGGUAAAAUUAUCUAUUUCUCCAUUACCCACUGUAGGAUUUCUUUUUAAAUUAUACUUUGACUAUAAAGUGUCAAAGUAUAAUUUGUUCUUUUCUUUUACUUCUUAUACCCUAUUUGUAAGCUAUAGCAUAUGAAGCUAUAGCUUGUGAAGGUUUGAUCUAGAACACCCAGUAACAAAUGAACAAUGUUGCUUACCUGCAUCUGUGACAUCUUAAAAAAGAAACCCAAGAAGAAUUGUAAGGAUUGUCUUACCACCUUAGCUGAACUGUGAUGCACAAGAUUUUUCUGUGUGUUUGGUGGAAAUGUACCUGGUUAGGACAUUCACGCUAAACAGAUGAUAAGCUCAAGUCUAAUGGUUUAAUAGAAUGUAAGUUCAUUGUUUAAAGCUUUUCCUUUUUAGGUGAGAGAAGCAAAGCACAGGCUUGCAAGUUGGAAGUAUAUGAAGUCUUGACAGAAUGUGUCUGGUAAAUUGAAAAGUGUUUCAAACUAUGGCAGUUUUGCAAUCAGGUGAAAAUCACCUCAUGAUAUUCAGCUGAUAAGGUUUAUAGAAUUGCCCCUUUCUAGCUGCUCUGUUAGAAUUCUGGUUUUUGAUACUUUUUUCCGGUCUGCAAACCAGAAUUUGAUUUUUUGGUCUUGCAUUUCAAAAAAAAAGACUUUGAAUCUGUUUAGUAGAUUCCAUAUCCUUGAGUUUCAGUGUUUUAUAUGUACUACUUAAGUUAAAUAGUUAAAAGCUUUUAAAUAGUUGAGCUUUUUAAUGUUGACACUUUAUUUUGUACCUAUUUAUAUAUGUAUGUAUAUCUUAGAAAAGCACUUUGUUAAAAAAUUGCAUUUUAUAUGAUUCCUGCCAUUUGCUGCUAAAUCUGGGCUGGUCAGAAUGCUGCAGCGAUACUUGAUCUAUAUAAAAACCUGGCAGUAAAAUGUAGAGUGAAAGUUAAAUCCUCUUGCUGUUUUAACUUUAUCAUAAAGAUGACAUAGGCAAGCUGUGCAGCUUUACAUUUUAACCAGGGGACUCUGUGGCAUUUAAAACCGUCUAGAAAUGGUUGUACUUUAAUGCCAGUAAUAAUCUGCUUCCUCUAUUGUCAUUAAAAUAUAUACGUUUAGUGUAUCACACAAACCAAUCUUAUAAGGGUAAUGUAAAAACCCCAACAAUUGUACAUGUUCUGUUUUUGAAAAUUGUGGCAUGUAUUUUUGGGUGAAGAUCAUUAGAGAAGAGUUCUCUAAAGGUUUUCUGUGUUCAUACAUGGUAUACAGAUAGCUCAUAAUGAAGUCCAGAAUCUUACUUUAAGUGAAGGCAUUGUGAAUUCACCUCAAGUAAACCCAUUGUUCCAAAGCAAUUAUAAACUUUGACUCUAGUACUACUAUGAUUUUAAAAAAAAAACCAACAAAAACCUUUUUUCCUAGUUUCAGAUACACUGGAUUCUUUAUAGAGUUUGUCUCCAUAUGAAAGCAUGCUGUCCAGUCGCUCUUGUUAAGAUCUUGUCUGAGUUUUGAAUUGGGUGCCACACUUUUCCAGUCAAUAUAAUUGCUUGUUCUACUGUACCAUGUAUGAUUCUUGUCCUUUCCUAUAUCCUUCAUGACAGAUUAUGAUGUGGCUUUAUAUUGUGCCUUACUUGUACAUUUAAAACUAAACGUCUUCAUUCCCUUCCACUUCCUACAUCUUUAACUUUGACCUUUUUGGUAAGAGAAUCAGAACUAUUACAAAAGCAUCAUGAAGGAUUUCAGAUGGGUAUGGUUUCAAAUUCCCUCUCUUUAUAGUUAUUUUAUAUUUGUAUGAAAGACCAGUUUUGGAUGGUCUUUGAAUAUGAGGGGGAAAGAUUAGCAGUAAUUUCACUACAUCCCUUUUCUCUGACUUUCAUGCAUUUCUCAUACAUCUUCUUUCUGAUGCUUGACUUUAUUUGCUUCCUAGCAAUAGUCUGCAUUUAAAGAAAGGUGUGUUCAGUUCAUCAGCUUGAAAUUGACUAUUUCAUUUUUCCAGGAUUUUUUAGGAGAAGAGUACCCAUUUUGUUUUAUAAAAACAGAUGACAAGUCUCUUUAAAAGAAACAGAAGUACAGUACUUUUGAAAUACAAUGCUGUUAGUUUGGAUUUCUUUUUAUAUAUAUAUAUAAUAUUCAUACAAUGAUCUGAUGUUUGCCUUCAUUAAUAAAGCUGUUAGUUUAUUCACCAAAAUGUCAAGAAUGGAUGUGCUUUUCUUUAUUGCAUACGUUUAAAAAAUUUAGCUGCUAAGAUUUAGUUAAUGUUCUAAUAAAUGAAUUCAAGUUGCCUUCAGCAAGAAUUAACAAAAACUACGUUCCCUUUAUAUAGUUUCCUAAAAUUCUGUUCAAGUAUUUUCUAGUUAAUUAUGUAACAGAAUGUUAGCAUCUCUCCAUAUCUUGAAACUUGAAUUUUGAGAAUGCAUUGAAUUAUGCUUUCAGUGUUAAAGUAAAAGGUUUCAAUUAUCCUUCUAGUGAAGUCUGUUGUGGAAUACCAUUUCCCAUGGAACUGAGGCCAUUUCCACAACUUUGCACAGAACUUGCAGUCUUGUUCUUCCCUUGGAUCAUGACAAAUAAGUCUCACACAGUGCCGUAAUACUUGUGGAUUCUUUUGUAAUCUUUGUAAUCUUAAUAAGGGCAUUAUGAGAAGACGACUCCAUGUUUUUUUAAUACUUCAAACACAUUGGGAUGUAACAAUGAAUGUCAACUGUAGGAAUGGUUGUUUCGUUUUAAGGAAUAAGCAUGUUGGGGAAAGAUGAUGAAAAUGUACUACUGAAAGUUAUACACUUCCAUAGGCAAAUGGGAUUAUGUGUUGAAGCAUAGUCCUCAUGCUUAAUAAACUGACUGAAAUUGUAGAAAUUACACCUAGGAACUGAGCUAGGUCAAAUUGCCAUUUUUGUUUAGAUAAGAGAGUUUUGGAGGUAGUAGUGAGGGGUUACAACCUUAAAACUGCUUCCAAACAGUAUUUUGGAAUUGAAGACUUGGUGACUAGUGAAGAACAUCAAAGUUGGGUAUUUCAAUGUGCCAAGUUUGGGUGAACUAGGUUCGGUUUGCCUCUUUCAUAACAAUGUAAACACAAUGGUGUAGUUAAUUAAAUUCUGGGUGGAUAGGAGCAGGACUGAUUACUGUGUCUUGCUCUUCGCCCUGUUUUUUUCAGAACCAAAUAACAGAAACGUAUAUGUGUGUACUGUAUCUGCCUUUCCACCACAUUUUUAUGACACUGUAUUCCACUGCCUGCUUUUUUACCUUCUUUCCCUAGGGUUUGUCCUACAGCUUAGUAUUGUGGUUGACAACAAUACUAGGGCUGACAGCACAGAAGUCACAAGAGAAGAGUGGAAGGGCAAGAAUUCAAAGCAUUUGUUCAUACAAUGUGGCAACCUCUUUUGCAUAGUUGCGUAGGAUCCUGUUUGUAAUGCUAUCAUAAAUAUUCUGUAGUUUUGUUUUUUUUUUUCUCUCUCCCAACUGGAGCUAUGACACUUUUUAUUGGAUUCAGUCUUGUCUCUUGUCUAGAAAGAACUUUAUCUUGUUGACGCAUGAGCUGUUUAAAAAUUAUUCUAUUAAAUGUUGGUUAAUAGUUGUGCAGUUUUUCAUUUCAGAAGGAAAGGCAAUGCGAAUUUUGCCUUUGUUUUCUGUCACCUUCCAAUCCCUGAGCACUUCUAGUCAGAUACAGAUUCAUCAGUGUAUGCAACAUCCUUUGUAAUUUAAAAUAAAAAAAGAUGAAAAGAAAA